CGGGACUCAGGAGAGGGGCAGAUAGAGCGGGGAGGAGUGGGGAGCCUGAUGGGAGCUGCAAAGAAGGCUCUUGCAGUUCACAAGGAGGGGUCAGGUCUUGAUUCCACCCAAAAAAGCAGGAGCUGCAAUUUUAUUGAGUUUAUGGUAUCUGAGCCCCUUUUGGGUGAAUUAUGGUAUCCAGGGACUGAGUAACAGUUGCUCCUGGGUGGAGGAAUUAAAGCUAUGUGGUCUCUCCCUCCACCUGCUUCUCUUUCCCUUGGAAGGCUCAGGUGAGCUGGUGAGAGGGGCAAGAAGAAACAGCAGGUGACUGCCCCGUCACUUGUUCUGGAUGGAUUGGAAUGGGGAAAUCGGCCCGUAGCAUGAGCCCAUGGUACCUGGGAAGCACCUGCUUCAUCCUUAGGGCACUUUUCCUCCUCCUCUUCUGCCGAUAUGUGUCAUCCCAGUGCAAGAUCCUGCGAUGCAACUCGGAGUACGUGGCUGCCACUCUCAACCUACGUGGCUCCAACAAGAAUGCAGCCUACUGCAACGCCCUACGCUCCUACUCCCACUGCACUCGCAAGACGGCUCGCACCUGCCGGGGUGACCUGGCCUACCACUCCGCUGUCCAUGGCAUCGAGGACCUCAUGAUCCAAAACAACUGCUCCAAGGAAGGACCCACCUCGCCACCUCGGCCUCGCCUGCCAGCCCCCAACCACCAGGGUUUCGAGUCUCUGGAUAUCUGCAACUACGAGAAGAAUUUCUUCCACAAGAAUGGCCGGCCCCCAGCUUAUCAGCACUGUGCAGCAUUCGGGGACCCUCACAUCAGGACUUUCCAUGAUGACUUCCACACCUGCCGGGUAGAGGGCUCCUGGCCUCUCCUGGACAAUAACUACCUGUUUGUGCAGGCAACAAGCUAUCCAGUGGCCAAGGGGUCCAAUGCCACUGUUACUAGCAAGCUCACCAUCAUCUUUAAGAACAUGAAGGAGUGCAUUGACCAGAAGGUUUACCAGGCUGAGAUAGACAACCUGCCUGCAGCCUUCGAGGAUGGCUCGGUGAAUGGUGGUGAGAGGCCUGGAGGGAGCAGCCUGACCAUCCAGGAGCGACUGCCUGGCCAGCACGUAGAGAUCCGUGCCGUCUAUAUUGGCACCACCAUUGCCGUGCGCCAGGCAGGUAGGCAGCUCUCAUUCUCCAUCCGCACAGCGGAGCAGGUGGCACGCUCCUUCACAGAGGAGCAGGACCUGCAGCUCUGUGUCAGCGGCUGCCCGCCCAGCCAGCGCCUCUCCCGCAGCGAAUGUCGGCGUGGCAGUAUUGCUGUGGAGAUGGCACGAGUGCUGUGCAAGGAAAAGUUGCCGGUGGAGGACGUUUAUUUCCAGUCGUGCGUCUUUGACGUGGUGACCUCGGGGGACAUCAACUUCACCUUGGCCGCACAUGGUGCUUUGGAGGAUGCCAGGGUGUUCCAUCCAGAUGCUGAGAAACUGCACAUCUUCCAGACUGGGGCAGGCUGCCAUCACCUCUCCUUACCCUUCCUCUUCCUCAGCAUCACAUCUAGCCUCUUGGCUAUUCAGUUGCACUUUUAACUCCCUGUCCAGCAUUCACCCAGCCUACAUAUAACACAAGGGUCCUAUUCUUCCAUCUCAAUGCAAUUGCUAGAGCAUUGCUGAUCCACGAAUCUAUAGGUGCUCUAUAACAAACCGGUGGUGGGACAGACGUCAACCAGAAGGGAAUGGUGCCCCAGAAUCUGCCAUCCCUGAAGGGAUGUAUUCAGUUUAAGUGGAUGCUGGAUUGGUCAACGAUUCAGGUCUGUAGAAAUGCAUCAGAGAGAAGGGUCCUGGGGGUACCAGUUUGUAUCUCCUCGUGUUGAGGUCUGAAUUAGUUGAGUCCUACUCCUCCCCCAAACAAUUCCCUGCCAGGAGUUCCGGUAUAUUUUAUUUUUUGAUGCAAGUGAGGAAAUCGCUGUCAUGUGAAGGGAAAAAAAAAUACCUGCAGUGUCACUGUCAGGCUUAUUGUGAGGCAUUGCAAGAUAUCAGUCCUUUACUUGCCUUGUUGUUGUUUUUUUGUAGGAAAAGCAGCAAGAGGGUAACCAGAAUUACUUGAUCAAUGUGUGGGGUUUCUUGAACCACUGGAGCUAGAAGCAGAUGUUAUCUACUAUAUUUUCGUUUUAUGGAGCAGUGGGAUAGCAUACUAAGUUCUAGCAUUUUCUUAUGUUGCUAUAUUUUUCCGACUUAGACAGCAGUCUUGGACUGAAUAUUGCAAGUCCCAGACUUUGGACCAGCAUUGAGUUUCAGUUAGACAGUGUAGAGAAAAGUCACCUAAUGUUGGGGCGCAAGCUGCUCAUUGUCUUGUCCCUGUCCACCCCGUGGAAGCUCAACCAUGAACACUAGAAUGACUUGAGGAGUCAGAUUAGUGAUGUCCCGAACCGUAGAAGCUGUGAUGGCCAAGAAUGAGCGGAUUCUUUCAGUGAGAAGGUAAAAUGUUAAGGAAUGUACAUAAAUAUUGCUGUGAAGCUGAAGUUAAAUGUUUAAUAUAUUUAAGAGGUUUAAAGAGAUGUGGAUAGAGUUCUGUUUGUUAACACAUAUUUUCCAUAUAUUUUUUAUAAAGAGGGCUUGUCUAUUGAAAAAAUUGCAAUUUUUUGUCUUGCUGAGCUAUUGAGAUUAUCCUACAAAGACAGGAUUUGUAGAAGAUACCUAAGCCAGCAGUCAUUCAAGAUGUGUAGGAAGAUUUGGUUAUCCUGUUCAGUGAAAGAGAGUGAAAGUGCGUGUGGGGUUUUAUCAAAGAGCAAAAACAAGUUUCAUUUUACAUGAUUCAUGUUUCAAGCCACGUUAAGUUUGUUUGAACCACAGUAAAAGGUGUAGUACGAAAGAGUUUUGAUAAUCCAUCAGCAUAUCACCCCCUCCACAUACACACAUGCACACUGUAUAGUGUCCUUUAUAUGACAGUUUCUCUGUUUCUUGUAUGUUGGCAUUGUUAAUCCACAAGUGUUUAAUAUUAAAGGUGUCUAUUU